CACGGCAUCUAAACGCUUCAUUUGCGCACGCGCAGCCUUCGUUCUUCCUUUCCGACACUCGAGCGAGAGAGACAAGAUGGGCCAUCAGCAGCUCUAUUGGAGUCACCCCAGAAAAUUCGGACAGGGAUCCCGAUCCUGUCGAGUAUGCUCGAACAGACAUGGUCUGAUCCGUAAAUACGGGCUCAACAUGUGCCGCCAGUGCUUCAGGCAGUACGCUAAAGACAUCGGCUUCGUCAAGCUGGACUAAAUGUCACGUCCUCGGAUGGGUCCAGCAAUCUCUGGAAAGCUGGCCAAGAUGGGAUAAUUCAGCACUGCAAAUAAAUGUGUUUUUUUGUCCAAACUAAA